AUGGAGGAAGAAGUAGAAAGGGCCAAACACUUCUGGACACAGGUGGACAUUGAUGAGGCGUUUAAUGAGCUAUGGGAAUAUCUGGCACAUCUCAAACAGUCAAUAAAGGACAACAGUGCCUCCGACAAAGAGUAUGUCCAGGGGAUGAAUAUUUUACUGGAAUCUGAAGUGACUCUCAGCCUGAGCUUGAGAAAUGAGUUCAUUGAAGAGGUACUGAUUGGUGAAGACAUAAUGACCGUGUCCGUCUCUGACUCAUUACUGAAGGGGACGGAAAGUUCUACCCUAGAGGCAACAGCAGAUGCUGUCACAGAAGAGGAGCAGAAUCCAAGACAUUUGAAGAGCCUCAAGUCAAACAACAAUGAGACUACUCCUCAGAAGAUAAGAAAGGAUGUUUUAUCACCGGUGACACAUGACCCCGUUUCAGUGCUGACACCCUUCGUCUUAAACUAUGAGGAAAUAUCCUCCCUUCUGUCACCCAACGAGCGCUCCUAUCAAGAGCACAACUGCAGCUCUGCAUGUCUGUCUGAUUUACCCCCCCACGCCGAUUACUUUCUCGGUCACAACCCCCUCAGGGUACCCAUGCUUUGCCAUUUCCAGCGCUGCUGCACAAAACUCCGACCCUCCUCAAAGCAGGAGCUUGUGGCUCAGGUGGAGGUCCCAGACUGCUUGGAGGCAGAUAUCCUCUACAGAGCUCCUUGUGGGCGGAGCCUGCACUGUUUGGAGGAGGUGCUAAGUUACCUGCGACAGACCGGAAGCCUCGGCGUCCUGCAGCUGGAAAACUUCAGCUUCAACCCACUGGUGCUGCCUGAGCGUCAGACCCAGGCCCCGCUGCUGGGCGCCGCGCCGCCUCAAGCCGGAGCUGUCUUGUUCGAGAGGGACAUAAGCCGGGGGACGGAGGCCGUGCCCAUCCCUCUGUGCAACGAGGUGGAUGGGGUUCGGCCCAGGGACUUUCGAUACAGGAAGGAGCGUUGGCCUCACGGUUACUUUCUCAGCAGUCAUCCGCUCUUCUCGGUGUGCUGCGACUGCAAAGACGGCUGUGUGGACGACCAGACGUGCUCCUGUCUUCAGCAGUCUCUUAAGGCAGGGGCAGAUCCCACCAAACUUUACACCCACCUACGCCUCAAUGAAGCUGUUCCCACCGGGCUUUAUGAGUGUGGCCCAUGGUGUGGAUGCGAACGGAACAGGUGUCAGAAUCGCGUGGUACAGCGUGGUUUGCGUGUGCGUCUGCAGGUCUACCGCACGCACAACAAGGGUUGGGGCGUGCGUUGCCGUGACGAUCUCGACAAAGGCACAUUUGUCUGUACAUAUGCAGGCGUGGUGCACAGUUCUGGGAGGAGCUUAGAUGAGAUCCUCCCCUCUAAAAGUAAAAAAGAGGAGCCGGUGUCCGACGAUGAGGUGGAAGUGGUGGAUGAAUGGACCUUUCCAAUGAGUGAGAAGGAAACAGUGGCUGAGCAGUUGGACUCCUCUCCCCGACUACAUGUUCCAGUGAUCCAGAGAUCUGCUGAUCUGCCGUCGCAUGUGUUGGAUGGAGAAAAAGAACAGACGGAGAACAUAAAGGAUCUGCAGGAGCCGUCGGACAGUUCGCCGUUAGAGAGCAAAAAGACAGAGGAUGAAGGGGAGAUAGAGACCAAGAAAGCAAAGUUGGAGUUGAACGAAACACAGAAGAACAAAAUUAGUGGAGAGAGGACGGGGACAAGACAGACUUUGCCAAAACUGGGAUCCCAGGACCACCUGUAUUACCUUGACGCUACACAGGAAGGAAACGUGGGGAGGUUUAUCAAUCAUAGCUGCAGCCCCAACCUCUUUGUGCAGAACGUCUUCGUGGAUACACAUGAUCCCAGAUUCCCGGCUAUUGCCUUCUUCACCAGCAGGCCAGUCAAGGCUGGCACAGAACUGACCUGGAACUACUCCUGCAAUCCUGGAAGUGAUCCUAAGCAUGAAGUCCAGUGUCAGUGUGGCUCAAAGAACUGUCAAAGAUUCCUUAUCUGAGCUUGAGGACAAACUAAUGAAGCAUGA